CGCGAGAUCGGAGGCGUGUAGCUUGGAUCCGAGUGGAUUGAUUCGAGCAUCGGCGUGGCKAGAGAACGCAGCAAGUGCCGAACGAACGACAGAAACAAAGAACGAGCCGAGCCGAGGCGGAGCGAGGCAAGCAAGGCACCACACAAGAACGACCAUGGCGGCGGACGCUUCCGGAACGAACGGCAAGGGAAGUGGUACCGGCAACAACGCACGCCAGGGAGUUGCCGAUUACUUUGCUAUCUUGGGGGUAGGCGAGGACUUGGUGUGGAGGCAUGCCCAGCAAAAAGAACAGCAGCAGCARCAACAAUCGCACGAAGAACCCGCACACGACGAAUCGGCAUCUUCCCCGGAGAGGGACGGGGCGUCGGUGUUGGGCGGACAAUUGAAACCGCAAGCGCCGGAGAUCCCGGAGGAAGACGACGCCAUGCUGCUGGAACGCUUCUAUCGAGAAAUCGUGGCAUGCGACAUCGUGCUGGAAGACGACGACGACAACGGCAACUCUAACAUUACUACCAAUGCGAAUGCGAAUGCGAAUGACAGUGCCUAUUCCAAUGCCCAUGCCCAUCCCCAUCCCCAUCCCCAUCCCCAUCCCCAUGCGAACACCAGCAUCGAAACCGGCGCGGAAAACUCCGCCACAAACACCUCGACGAUGUCUGCCGCGGUGGCCGAUGGGUGGACGGUGGUCCGGGCCACGCGGCCGGCCGCUACCGACAGCCAUCCUUCCGACGGCAGGGGAAAAGACCCCCGGACACCGCCCCUGCCGAGUCUCUGGAAGAAGGGUGCGACCUGGGAGACGAACCUGGACCCCAUCGACGGGCUCACGGGAGAGAUUCUCCGGACGCGGCACCAGCGAGACGCGGACUACAGAGCGGAGCUCGAACGGACCCGGUCCGGAAGGGGGGCAGCGGACGCGAAAACCCCCCUCAAGCACUUUCGAAAAAAGGUCCAGUCCACCUUYCAGAGCAAGACGCAGCAGUGGAUACUCCCCAGCGCGAGCAUGGGCAGCGGCAGCCACAACCACAGCGAGGCCUCCUUUUUGCACCAMCCCCCGAAACGGAAACGCGGCUUUUACCUGGCCUACAAGCGGCGGAGCCCCGACGAGCCGAACCUCGCGGCCAUUGCCGAUCUGGCCCUGUACUACGUCCGGAUCCACAAGGCCACGAUCGUCGCCGCCGAGGCUUUCACCGGCCACCACGUGGCAGGCGACGGCGCAAACGACGAUGCCACCACYGGGGGAAACACGACCGCAACGRUGUCGACGGCGGCAACGAGGACCACCCAGCAAGUGGCGGCCGUCGCGAGUGCGGUGGGAAGGACGGGGAUCCGGGCGUCGGCGGCUCUGUUCCACGCCGGGAAGCAGGCCGUCUCCGGCCGAUGGAACGCCCACGGCAGCGGCAACCCCCCCRCCSACGAUCCGCGGUCAACAGCCGGUGCAAGCGCRGGUUUGGGUGCCGGGAUCGGUGSCCCGCCACCUUCCGYGGAAGGAGGCGUUCGGCCGGAUCCCGACGAAUACCAGGAAGGCGGGGAGCGGCGUGGCCCGCUCAUAGCCCUGCGAUCCUUCCUGGAGCUCCCCGAUCACAACGGYCGGGGCUUCGAGGAGUGGGUCAUCCCGGAAACCUACUCCUGCCUCAGGUUUCCAAAGCGAAAGCGCAGCCUCAAUCCACCGGGGGAGGAGGCUUCCGAAACCGGCACGGAGGCCCACCCSAAGGACGAUGCCUCCGACCACAACGGCUACCACGACCAGUACCGGCGGCCCAUCCAAACCAUCACCGCCCUGUUUCCGGAGGGCAACGAGAGCAACCACCCGGCGAGCAGCGGCACCGAUCAGGGAGUCGAGGCGGUGGAUCGCACCCCCGAUCGGAGGAGGCGGGGGAAGCAGGCAUCCUCGUCGGUGGUGUCGUCCUCGUCGAACACCACCCUUCGCUACAACGACARGGAAAYCGACGCCUGGAAGGAACGGCUGCUGCCGCGCAUCGUCGAUCCAACCGACAAGGACCUGCUGGGGAUCGUCGGGGGGGACCAGGCCGCGUCCGAUUCGGACCGGUACUACCGUGCCCGGGGGGAAAAUGUGAUUGUCAGCGGGGGCUCGGCCUCCUUUGACGAGUACAGCGASUACAACUACAACUACCAUUCCACCAAUCCCGACCGAGACGACUACGUCUACGUUCCCGUCCUGGCCAUUCGGAGGCAGCGGGUCGGGGAAGAGGAGCGAUUCUCGGAAGAUCCCGCGCUGAUCGAURUUUCGGUGACGGUCUUUGACGAGCGGGGCCGGCCCGUUCUGCCYUCCGAGGAGUACCAGUUCAUGACGGAAGAAGAAAUGAUGGAAGACGAGAACGACGACGCCGACAAGAUCGAGCGGAAACUCUUGCACAAGACCAAGUGGGUCGAAACGAGGGCCCGCGGCACCCGCAGUCCCACCACCGGCCCAAACGAGCCCAAGCGGUCACGGAGGAAAGACCCCGGAUCGGCCGCCCGGGUAGGCGCAGCGUGCCUGAUCGCGAGGCACAACGUUCCCAUGGGCUUUUGCGACGCCGCCUUUUCGACCCGAGUGCUCGAUCGGUUUCCCUACAAAAACUACAAGGGCCUACCGCUGCCGGAAGAAGAACUGCCCAUGUUCUGCUAUCCGACCGGUUGCAAGCUGUACCGAGCCAGAUUCAGCGACGCACCCCUCCMCCAGUACUACGGCUUUGUAGUGAAGAACGAGCGSGGGGAUUCCAUCUAUGUGUCGUGCGUUUCCUUCAUGGAACCACUGACCAACAGGAAAAAGGAACAGCUGUCKAGAUUGUCCGAAAAGAGGCGGCGCGUGUCACUCCCGCACAAAAUUUACUGGGCCAGGAAGCAGCAACGAAUCCUGCGCAGGCAAAAGAGGGAGCAACCCCGGGACGGCACGGCCAGCACCGCUGGCGGGGACCAGCUGUCCGCCGUGUCGGUGGCAAGCCCGUCGGACUGGAUCGCGGUGAACGAGAGGGACGACCACUGGGACGAGGAAGAAAAUUAUCUCCUGACCGCUUUUGACCAAAUGACUACCUAUGAGAACAAGACGAUCUGUCUGGUCAGCCGCUACCCGUAUUGGACGGCCUUUCGAAGGUUCUUGUCCCAUCUGCACAGCGUCUCUGGAUGCUCGUCUAGCCUCCCACUAGAACGAUACAUCUCUCAUCUUUUGCUAUCCGUUCCCGUUCCAAAACCAGGUGGCCCAAACAUCUUGAUACCCCUUCCCACAUUCAACGUUCCAAUGAUGAUCUCAUCGCCUCCCCGCAAGGAUCUGCCUCUSGUCGAUCUGCCGUUCGAGAGAUUGUUCGCUUGCCUCGAUGUCCCGACGAUCGUCACGAUGGUCAUCGGGUUUCUCACCCUGGAACGAAAGGUCAUCGUCAUGUCGAAACGGCCCUCUCUGGUACUCGACGUUUGCGAGUGCGCCAGGGCCCUCCUGUUUCCCUUCGAACUGGUGGCCCCGUACGUCCCCCGGCUGACGGAACCCUUCAUGUCGUGCCUGGAAUUUCCGGGCGCGAUWUUUGCCGGCAUUCACGACGACGGAACKCCCGACGGACUCGCGGCGAUCGUYCGGGGCCAGAUGCCGGAAGACAGCACUAUCAUCGAUCUAGAUUCCGGAAACGUGGACUGCAGCGGGGACCGGAUGGCAAUACURAACAAUUCGUGGGGGGUCCUCCCGCCCGGACCGCGGUCGGUCCUSGUGACGGAAAUCGAAACCCUGUGCCGGGACGCGUCCAUCGUGCCCGGGCAGGAACCCCUGGAUGGCGURCUGGACCCGUCUUUCGCGGCGUCUGCACCCACUAGCAUGGUCCAAGACGAUCUUAUCCUGAGCAACGAAGACAAAGAACCGCUCGACGACCGGGCAGUUCGUGAUGCCUUUCUUCGAUUCUUUUGCUCGAUUCUCGUCGGGUACGAACGCUUUCUGGUGGUGCCGGACGUUGACUUUUUGAUCAGUGGCAACGAGUGGUUCGACGCAAAGKGGUUUUUAGAUGCCGCGUCCGAAGACAAAGCCGUAUUUUUGGGAUCUCUGGUUUCCACCCAGCUAUUCCAGUCUUUCAUUCAGAGGCGAACGGAAGCCAGUGACGUCCAUCUCUUGCUAUUUGACGAAUGCCUACAAGAGUACCACUCGUCUCCGGUUCCGUAUGGCAGACUUGGCGGUGAUGUGGAAACAGUUGUUAGCAAAGAAACGGGAAAAUCUCAUAUGCUAUACAGUCUUCUCGUGGACCAGGCUGCCGAAGAAGCCCGGAGUGCCGUUUCGGUUGUUCGCAGUUUUGACGGAGAUUCUGGAGUACAAGGCAGCGAUGCGGACAAUAGCAGUGGUUACAAUGUGAACARGAGCGUCGCUACGGAGGUGGCAGAAUCAUUGGUGAAAUACUCAGAAUUUGGAAUCAACCCCAUCGGUGAUUGGGUCACUUUGCCGUCUCGACAGGACAUCCCGAAGGAUGCUUGUUUUACGUACUGUGUAGAUGGAAACCCCACGUUUCCAGACAAAUUGAACCAAUGUUUUUACGUUCCGAGGCAACCAGAAUCCUGGUUGGUGGAGAUGUCAACCAGCUCUACACCUAUGCUGACAAGAAGCGGGCCAGAAAAAGACGAGGCAGAGCGACGCCGCAGAUUCUCGACAAGCUAUCGAGGUCUCCACAGCCAAAGGAGAUGUUUGUGGCAAUUACCGAAGUUGAUGGGCUCCCAUUUCUUAGGAUCGUGGCUUCUGUGCAUUCCUACUCUGGUGUCCCAACCAAACAUCUCCAACGAACGCCAAUCAAGGCAUCUCCUUCGAGCGUUCGGAGCAUUACGCCUUUUACGAUCGAGGCAAAAGAUCAUCCCGGACGAAGCUGCAUACAGAGCACUCAUUGUGGCUUGCGGGAGGACGAAGAACGAUCGAAGGGCAGAACUAGUCAAGCUGUUCGGACAUCUGCGUUCCGACGGGAUUUUUCCCAGCGCGGUCACGCUAGGGCAGUACACACGCGCUUUAGCAGAGGGGUAUUCCAAGCGGGCGGUGGGAAUAGCAGACGAUGAUACCCAUGUUGGGGGAUUCGAAAUGACAGAAUCAACGUGCGGGGACUUGCCAUUAGGGCCUCGAAAGAACUGCGAAGCCAUUUUGAAUAGUCUCGAUGAAAGCCUUGCUACUCUCGAGGAGUCCGGUCGUCGAUGGCGACAAAAGACAAACAGCAACAAAAACAAUGACACCAUAAUUGAAAAUCCGUCGAGUUUGGAUCUGAAAGCAAGCGAUCGACCGAGAAGCCGAAAUAACAGCAAGUACUGGCUUCCGGUUUUACUUUCGUCUUCUUUCAUUGAAGCGAAAGUAGACGAAUCGGUUCGGAAGGGAAUUUCGAACAAUGUUGGCGACGUACAGUUGACUGCAAUUUGGUCCCGCACGGUGGCCUGCAAGGAAUGCGGAUACAUUCCAUUCGAAGAGGAAGUCCAGGGAGGUUGGGAUACCAUUCAAGGCGGCGAGCAUGAUUUUCCGGGAGCCGUAAGCUGUGCAAGAUGUGGAUUUCUGCUCACCCCGAAGCUUGCGUACAAGAAUAUCUCGUUACACGAAGCUAUCCAACAUCCUCAAAAUACUGAGGGUCUACCUCCGCAAAUCCGACCGACUAUCGAUGAAAAUGACGAUGACGUAUCUCUAGUGCCAUAUAUUUGUCCUUCGUCCCUCAGAGAAAAACUUGAACAAGUUGUGGACGAGCACGGAGAACAAAUCCUCGAUAGGGAGAAGCUUCGCAAGAACUACCCAGAUAUUUUUUAUAACUUUUGGUGGUAUUGCGCACGAUUUCAAUUGCCAUUGCCCCUUGCGGUGUCUGCCAACGACGGUGGCGAUUCCCGGCACUGUUGUGCCAUCGUUUCAUGGUAAGCUCUCACUGCUACUUUUUUGGUUGCCCAUACAAAACAGUCGUGAAGCAGCAUAAGUUUUCUCACAUGCUUGCUUUUCUUCAUUUUCCAUAGGGAUCGGCAAGUUGCCAUGAGAGGCUGCUACAGCGCCGCCAAAAUCCUCCUCGAUGCGUUGCCAUCAGAAGAUGGGCAAGCUCCUGGUUCCGGUGAGUCAAUUGAAUCCAUCGACGAUUUUCCGCUYCUAUCCAAGUUCAAUCUUUCGGGAUAUUAUUCGAAUGUUUGGGACCACCCCGAGCUCUCGGAAAUCCUAGUCGCACUGGUACAGGCAUGCGACAAGCGAGACUUUCGUCCCGUUGUGGAAUCCGUUCUCCGCCGGCGGGGCGACAUCGAUUGCUACCGAACGAUUCUGUACCUCGCGAAAUACCAGUGCACGAGCGCCUUUCACGCCUUUUUUCCGGCCACGCUGAAACCCUGCAAGGGGUACCACUUCUGGUGCCCGAUGGUCCCCCUGCCGAUUUUUGAUCGCCUAUUUCGGGAGGCCGUCAAGAGGGUUCGUGCGAACAACACCGGGAUCCCCCCCAUCCACGAGGUGCAGGAGGUCCCCCUGGCAUUCCGCUCCGUGUUUGGACACUURAUGUGAAAGAACGAAAGCCACACUCCAGCUGAAUGAUUCAAGACGAAUCGCAAACAGAGAGAGAGAGUUGUUUGCAAAGGUUGCGAUGCACGAUAGAAACAAAACCACGGCGAUGGGAAAUGCAACUGAGGACGAAACGCAAUGAGCCAAGUUGGCUUCUAUGAUAAAACAAUAAAAUUGAUUCUGKGAC